CGAGCUCCUCAUUUCCCCCGCUUCUUGCUUAUGCCCUGCCUUCACCCACAAUGUAUCAACUCACGGACUGGGAUCUAGACGAAAAGGUAGACGACGACGACAAUCCAGCAAUUCGUGCAGCCGCAAAUCCCAACUCCGCGGUGCUCGAAGCUCUGUUGGCAUAUUACAAAUCUCGCUGCGACGAUAAAAGUCUCAAUGACUACGAACAGAGAUUAAUUACCAGAUGUUCUCCCAGCCCGACCAUAGCGUUUCGUUCACCGAUCAAAGCCGCCAUCAGCAUCAACUCCGCCGAGAAUCUCCGACUUCUCCUGGCUGCGGGUGCGGAUCCUGAUGGUAUCCUCCGCUGGGAAGCCGCAGAUUACUCAGUCCGAUUCAUACGCGGUCGUUAUUAUUCAGACAAUUUUAAAUAUUACGCACACUGUGAUGCACGGUCCGUUGUCCUGGCAAAGGCGCGAGAGCAUGGGAUUGUUCACCCCGUCUGCCCGUUGACCGAAGGCGAGCUGGAUGAGAGGCGCCGCUGGUUUCCCAUGUUCUGGACCGAGUGGUUCGUCCCCGGUCGGAGCUUGCGGAAGGGGAGGGCUUGGACGGCUCUUGAGGAAGCCGCGGGGUAUGGACGACCGGAGCUUUUCGAUCUUCUUCGAGCUGCAGGCGCCGACGAGUCUGCGUGGGUGCAGCAGUCCGAGUCCGACGAUCCUGAAUCGUGGAACUUUGACGAGAGCGCUCCGGUUUCUUUUCUGACGACGAGCUCGCCUCUCCAUGAAGCCCUGUACUGGGGUGAACAGGCGAUGGUCCGGCAUCUGCUUUCUACGUGUGGGCAUUCGCCCAACUACCGACCUCGAGCAGCCCCUACCAUGGCUCUCCCACCCCUCUCCCACAUCCUUGUACGCUGCGACCUUGAUGACGAGAACGUCCAUAAUUGCCUGGUAGACCUUCUCGCACAUCCACGACUGGACCUUAAUCUCCGCACUCCCGUCUUCGGCAUCCACCCACUGCACUUUGCCACUGCCCACCACAACCCCAAGCUCCUCACUUGGCUAGCAGGGUUCAUCCCCGGUGGGCUUGCCGCGGCGCGGACUACGGCGCUAGGCCACACGCUGCUCCAUAUCGCCUGUCUGCCACUAAUUCCUAAUCAGAUUGUUGCCAAGAACCCAAAUGUGCUCAAGAGCAUCCACUGCAUACGCACAGUCGACUACCGCUGGCACCCCCGAGCCAAGCUCCUCCCAAGUCCCACCUGUGGGGAGGUUGCCACCGCAGAGGAAAUCGCGUCCAUUGAUCCCCAGCCGUUGACCGUCGCCGAGCAACAGGCGCAGCUGGCGACUAUCAGGGUGCUGAUAGAAGCGAGGCAAGGACAAGAAGAAGUGGCCGACGUCAGGGCAAAGGAUGUCGACGGCAACACUGCGUUACACUACCUGGCUGGAACAUUGAACACGUCAGAUGAAACUAUCGAGUUGGUUCGGGGGUUGGAGGGAGGUGAAGAGGCUUGGUGGGAGGCGAAGAAUCAUUGGGGCUUGACACCGAGCCAGCUUUGGGGCGAGUGA